UCCCCUCCCUCUCUCACUCUGUCAGUCGACUGUUUGCUCUGUCUGUCGGUGUGUGUGUGUGUAUAUGUGUGUGUGUGUCUGUUAGCUAGCUGUUAGCUAUCAUCACCAUCAACCGCAGGAACGACGCGAACAUGGCGGACACAGCCAGGGACCCUCCGCCGGCGCACACCGACUUCCAGGAGCUGGAGGACGGGGAGGACCUGUUCCUGGAGCCGGCCGUCAUACAGGAGUCAGGACCAGCCAGUCUACCUGCUGAAGACAUCAGCGCCAACUCAAAUGGACCCAAACAGGAUUCACUGUUUGAUGACGAUCCAGAGGACCUGUUCGCAGAGGCCACAGAGGAGGUCUCGUUGGACAGUCCAGAGAGAGAAGUCCUGCUGUCUGACGGCCCGUCACCUGCCAUCACGCCCAUCACCCCUCCCACCUCUGUCAUCACCCCGCGCAUCGGCCUCGCCCACGACGACAUGUUCACACACUCCUCCUUCGACGAGAUUGAAGAAGAGGAGGGUGGCGAUUCAUUCGACAUGCACAUAUCAGUGUCUGACCCUGAGAAAGUUGGUGAUGGGAUGAAUGCGUACAUGGCCUACAAAGUGACAACCAAGACCUCCAUGUCUCUGUUUAAGACUGAUGAGUUUUCAGUAAAAAGGCGUUUUAGUGAUUUUCUGGGUCUGCACAGUAAACUGGCCUCCAAGUACCUGCACAUAGGCUACAUCGUCCCCCCUGCACCGGAGAAAAGCAUUGUGGGGAUGACCAAGGUGAAGGUGGGGAAGGAGGACCAGUCGUCCAACGAGUUUGUGGAGAAGAGGAGGUCGGCGCUGGAGAGGUAUCUGAUGAGAACAGUGAAGCACCCCAUCCUGCUGAAGGAUCCUGAUGUCCUGCAGUUUCUGGAGAGCUCAGAGUUGCCGCGGGCAGUCAGCACUCAGGCCCUUAGCAGCGCCGGACUUCUCCGAAUGGUCAACAAGGCUGCAGACGCCGUCAACAAGAUGACCAUCAAGAUGAACGAGUCAGACGCUUGGUUUGAGGAGAAGCAGCAGCAUUUUGAGAAUCUGGAUGUUCAGCUGAGGAAACUUCAUGCCAGUGUGGAGUCUUUGGUCUGUCACAGGAAAGAGCUGUCGGUGAAUACGGCGCAGUUCGCCAAGUCGGCGGCCAUGUUGGGGAACAGCGAGGACCACACGGCUCUGUCCCGAGCUCUGUCCCAGCUGGCCGAAGUGGAGGAGAAGAUUGACCAGCUGCACCAGGACCAGGCCAAUGCAGAUUUCUACCUCUUUUCCGAGUUACUGGGCGACUACGUCCGCCUCAUUACCGCCGUCAAGGGUGUGUUUGACCACCGUAUGAAGACGUGGCAGAAGUGGCAGGACAGUCAGUUGCUCUUGCAGAAGAAACGAGAAGCUGAAGCCAAACUGCAGUUCACCAACAAACCAGACAAACUGCAGCAGGCCAAAGACGAGAUCAAAGAGCUGGAGGGGAAGGUCCAGCAGGGAGAGAGAGACUUUGAACAAAUCUCCAAAACCAUACGCAAAGAAGUCAGCAGGUUUGAGAAAGAGAGAGUGAAGGACUUUAAAAUGAUCAUUAUCAAAUAUCUGGAGUCACUGGUUCAGACACAACAGCAGCUGAUAAAAUACUGGGAUGCCUUCUUACCUGAGGCCAAGGCCAUCUCAUAGAGUCCGCACAUACACAACAGACAGUCCUGACUGGCUCCGGUCAAACAACACUACCCAUAAUGCACCUGUUCUCCUCACUGUCAUCCUCCUGUUUGUGGCCAGAGUGAGGAAGAGAAGUGAGACAGUGAAUCAGCUCAAAGUGACUUUUCUGCAGUUCUAAAAAUCAACAACAAAACUCUCUUGAACUCACAGUUCACCAUCUUUCAGUCCUCUCUUUUUCUUUCUGCUGAGCUCAGUGCUGUAUUCACGUCCUGUGAGAAUCGUUGUCCUUCUGAUUGAUGCUUUCACAUUGAUGCUUUCACAAUUAUAGUUACAGUUUUGCACUCCUCAUACUAUUUCCUUGUUAGUGUUAAUAAAAAUUAAGGAAGGCCAAAUUGGGAAAAAAAACCCAUGCAGAAUUUUUCAAACUGGAAGCUCAUAAUCACGUACGACAUGAAUGCAGCACUAGUUAUGAUCCUUGUGAUGGCUUUCCUCUACACACAAACAUAUUCUAAUAUGGUGUCAGUUUUUAUAGCUGGAGCACUUUAAUUUAUUUUUUCACCAGACACGAGGUGAAUGGGUGAGUAGAGAAGUAGGUGGAGGAAUUUCACUUUAUUGUAUUUGAGUUUAUUUUAAGGAUCACACAAUGUCCAUCAACAUAGACAGAUAUCCACAUUCUUAGGUAAAGAGAUUGUUUUGUUUUUUCAGUUUGGUUUUUGGAUGUAUGGAAGCCCAUUCCUGCCAUAUAAGAUCAAAAGUCAGGAAUUGUAAAACUAAAACAAAUUGUCAGGGAAUGUCAAAAUGAUAUGAAGUAAGAAAAGAAAAAUGUGACUUUGUUAUAAGAGAGGUUUAAAUUCUGACAGAAAAUGAUGAGACACUAAAUGCCUUUUAUCAGAAAAAAACAGUGGGUGUGUAUAUAAUGCCUUACACCACAUCCAGUUUUAUUCUGCUGAUUCUUAUUUGCUUUUACAAACAUGUUUCUCUCUUAUCUGUUGCUAUAUAGUUAGUUUUUUCAUAAGUCUCCACUACAAGAAUACAUUUUUUAGGCUAAAUUAAUGACUGAAAGAGCAAAGAAUCGUGCACAAUCUGAGAUACAUACUUUUCAUAUUCACAGUUGUGAGUCAUUUCCUGCCAGAUAAUUCAAGAAUGAAGCACAGUAUCUGUAAGGAAAUUUUCUAAACUUAAGCAUCACCUACUAGCAUUUCCAUAGACAAAAACAAAACAGAAACUUGUACAGUAAUGUUGUACAGCUAUGUACAACAUUACUCUUCUUUAGUCCCCCUAUUUAGCACUUACAAGCAGUAUACAAACUGCUGAUAAAGGGUUAAUAAUGCACCAUAAUUGGUUGUAAGCACAGCUGUGGGCACCCAUCACUGGAGGUUGGUGUAUAAACAGAUAAUGAAUGAUAAUAUUGUAAAACACAAUUGCAAUAAUAAAAAAUAUGUCUCCAUAGGACCAAUUGUAAUUGUUGACAAAAACUUUAUAUUAGUAAAAACUUAAAAAAUGUUCUUGUAACUGGUAAAAACUACAAUAUAGGGUGUUUUAAAUUAAAUGUUUGUGUAAUGCUUAUAAAUGCUAAAUAUGGGCACUUAAAGUAAAUCAUUCCUGACUUUUCUUUAGUUCUAGUUUUCUUGGCAAGAAAGGGCUUCCAUACAUUGUCCCUAAAUACUACAGUACCCAUGAGCCUCUGCAGAAGUUGGAGAGCCUGGAGAAGGUUGGAUUCAAAGCUGUGAGCUGUGAGAUGUAUCGUAUUCAGAAACAACCUCCAACUUCACCCUGCUGCAGUGUUCUCUGGGAAUUGUCCUCCACUAUCAGUUGUUAUGCUAACAGUGCAAACACCUUUUUUUUUUUUUUCUUAGAAUAGAACAGGAAGUAUACAUGGGACCUUUGUGCCACUAAAAUACCCAAAAAAAACCUUGAAAUCAGAAUAUUUUUAUUUUGGAGUUUAGCGCGUGAGCUAUGAAACUGAUCCGGGGUCAGUGAAGAAGGACAACUGAAUGCAUCCUUUUGCUAUUUUGUGUCUUGUACUUCCCGUCACCUGUUGAAUCCCCUCACUUCCCCUUAUGCCUUUCAAAACAAGAGCCCUUCAUUUUGUUGCUGUAUGAUCGUGAGUGAAGGCAACAUUUUCUGUUUCUGCCAUCUUUGAGACAAUGAGAGUGGAGGAGGAAGAACACUUUCUGGUUCAGUUCACUGCUGCUUUCAGAUGAAAAUGUCCAUACCUAGUUAAUAAGAAUAAACUCUGUUUUUAAUGUGUACUAGGAUGAUGAAUUUCCCUAGAUGCAGUAAGCCCAUUUUCACUUUAAUUCAUCUGAAUCGUGGGUGUGUAGAAAGUAGUCAGAAAAAAGAAAACCCAAUCAAAUCCAGGUGUAAAUGCUGAUGAACUACAAGCACCCAGUGAAUGUCGUCAGAGAUGCAUUUCAUAAUUUUUACAACCUUGUAAGAAUUGAUUUGGUCAAAUUAUGUUUGGACAUCUAGUUUAAAUCAGGGGGAAAAAAGUUUUAAAGGUUAGUUUUUUGUCAUCUACAUUACAUAUAACCAUUGUAUAAAACAGCAUGUAGUACUUCACUCUGAAAUAGAGUCAUUUAAACACUGCUGAAACCACAGUUACAUCUCUGCCUAUAUGGUCUUUUGAUCUGUAGAUCACCAAAUUAGUGCUUACUGGUAAGGUUGUAAAAUGAAGUUUAGGAUUUUGAUGAAUGGAGAACCAGCGAGACAAGAUGUCAAAAUAAAAAUAUUUGUUUUCAAAGAGUUUUAAAGUUAUAACAUUUUCAGUUAAUCUUACGUUAUCAUGACCAACUGAAUUAGACUGACAGGCUAAACUAUUCAAGUAAGAUCCAGUAUGUAAACUGUAAGUUGUGUAUAACACAUUGUCCACAUUCUAGCAGUGCCUGUUCACAAAGAGAUGCAUCACUCAAUAGAAUCACUUUUGACCAACAGAACAAUGCAGCUUUUCUCCGUAGCAUUAUUGUAGUUUUUUUCUUCCCAAGUGCCCAAGGGGGAAAAUGUUUCUCCCCUGCAUUGCUCCUGUUAUUAUCAGUUGCGUUUCUCUGUCUGAACGAGGUCUCGAGGGGCCUAAACAGUCUUGCUGUGGAAGAAUCAGAUCAAACUCGAGGGUUAAAAAAGUGAACCGAUCUCUGUCAAGUCAUAUUAGAUCAGCGUUCAAUCAUAAAAUACAAAUAAACAGUCAUAUCCAAAACAAUUACAGAGCAGCAGAGUAUGAAAGCUUGCAGUGUGGAGAGAACCAUGGCGUUUUUCUUCCUCCUGUCCGUUUGCCUCAAAGAGGAGACUUUGAUGUUUUGAAUUUUGGUUGAUUAAACUCAACAGGAAAUAAAAAAAAAUAAAAUAAAAAAAAAAGCUUGUUAGCAUCUUUAGCCUUUUUCAGUUUUAGCAGCUUGUGAUGCUAACAAGCUGAUUUCAUUGCAGAUGAAGGAUUUUCCUGUUGAAGAGUCUGACCUGAAGUGUUGUAGUAGUUUCCGGUGUGGAGGAAGUGAGGGACUGUAAAGUGUGUGUCCGUCCAGAAAGCAGCCUCAGACUGUGAGGAUUAUUUUUACUGGCUGUUUCUCUUCCUGUAGAUCAGUGUGAGGGCUGCAAAUUCCACAGAAUCUGUUCUUGAUUUUAUUUUAUUGAAUUUAAAGCACACUUCAUUAUCAGAAGAAAAUCAUCCAUCAUCCUGAAUCUGUCAGAGAAGCUACAACUCUGUUUUUCAUCUCUUAUGAGAUUAAAGUUGGAAUCAAAACUGGAAAUGUUUUUAAUUUUUUUUCAGCCCUCAUUCCGUCUACUUCUCAAUCUUAAAUCAUAUUACACUAUGUUGAUUGCUACUUUUUUGUAUUUUAUUAUGUUUUAUUCCACAUUUUUUGCCGCCUAAUGAUGUGCAAUGGUUGAGAAUUUUUCAGUUGAUUUUAUUUUAAUUUUUUCAUUUUCACAUUAUGAUAAAAUGCUUUAUCUGAGCAGAUUUUUUUAAACUUUUAGUUUAGACGUGUCAUUCCUGCAGCGCGGCAAAGCAGAUGUUUGAGAACUUUAAUAAUAAUAAAGGAAUGUAUCUCA